ACCGACAAGGGUUCCCGAGGAAGGAGGUCAGGUCUGAGGGGAGAGACGACUACGACGGUAGGUCACCGGGAAAUACUGACGUCACCAGAGGGACGCAGCACGGAGCGUCGCGACGCUCUUUGCGCCGUCGCAAGCAACGAGAAACAUGGACGGUCGUUAUCAAUAGCCGCGAAGCUGUGUAUUCUUCUGCUAGCCUCUAAUUUUCCAAAUUGCAAGGAGACAAAAUUCUAAGGAUACGCGUAAAAAUGAUCAUUUAAAUUUGUGUCAAUUUGCGCGCCCUUUUGCUUAACGCUCAAAAAUUUCACUAGAGUCCCUAGACGAAUUUCUCUGUGAUUCAUUGAAGUGCUGCCGAAGUCAAUUAGGAUUCUGCUCAGUGGUGGUGGUUGUUUCUAUAAUUGUGCAAGGGUGGUGCGUCGAGCAUUCGCGGGAAAUAAUACAAGGACAAAUAUCUUACAGCUCCUGAUUGUGUUCGAUUAAAACACGGUGGAUGCGUUAUUUCUUCUGGAGGUGAAAAGUAGUUACGGAGAAGUUACAAGAAAAUGGGAUCGAUCGUCCUGAAAUCACUUUCCGUGUUACUCGGAAUAUUUUUCGUGUUCGUCGGUACGAUGAAACUAACCUCUCACAUCAGUAAGGAUCUUCACAAGGAUUUGAGAAAAGAAUAUGUCAAGUACGCCAAAGUAUUCCCGCUCUCGGGUACCCUUGACUUCAAGGUACCAAGUAAAUGGUAUAGAAGAGUCGUCGGUUCCCUUGAAAUCAUUUGCGGACUCGCCAUGGCAAUCGUACCGAGUCAUAAAGUGAAGAAUGCAUCGAACACAGUGCUGCUACUUUUAAUGCUCAUGGCUGUUUACUCUCAUUAUAUGGUGAAUGAUAAAUUUGAAAGGAUCGCGCCUGCGUUGGUAUUCUUCUUUAUGCUAACGGGCCGUCUGGUGAUAGACUGGCAAUUGAGACGACAGGAUGUUCAGUCGGUAACAGCGAACGGCGUUGACGAUAAAACAAAGAAACAAGACUGAGUCCGUUAGCAAAGAAAAGAAGAGAAAUUAAAACAGAAACAUGAACAAAGUUCACGUUGUUUCCCGCCCGCAAAUCACGGCUACAUUUUUUUUUCAAGCAGCCUGCUUUUUAUCAUACGUUAUUUUAUCUAAUAAUCGUACCAAAGCACCAUGACAGUGACAACCCAGUAAACACAUCUUGUAACGGUUCCAUGCCAACUACAUAAAUUCUGUUAUUAUAUAGCAGAUAUGUAACCUAAAAAUGUGUUUGCUGAGACUGUCAUGAGUAUCUAUUAUGCUCAAAUCGUUUUUCAUCGCAAUUCACCAAUAAUUAACUCACAAUCCUGACUUAACCUAUACGAUUUCUUAUUAUUAGAAAGCUUUAAGUUUUCUCUUCUAGUCUACAGUGUAGGGUUAUGAAUAUUAUUCUAUCCUCGUUUUGCUGAUAAUUACAAAAUUUUACCUAUAAAUUUAUACGGCCGAGUGGUACACGAUCGGGAUUAAUGAAAUAACCAAUUAUAUUACGCAAUCCUAUAGGCGUACUGCCAAGUACACUCUGGCUGUGUUCAGCAGAAACACCGCUGAGGGAGCAAUAAAUUUGAUUUGUCAUUUGAUCAUAAAUCUUGCAACAGUUGUGUGUGAUUUAACCAAUCAAAUGUAUUUGCUUUCUUAGCGGUGUUUCUGCUGAACACGGCCACCAAUUCCCAAUUUCACACUUGAGAGUGAUUGAUAAGCGCCCGAUUUAAAAGCACGUAAUACCAACUGCCAUUCGAGUGAACGUGUUCUCUUUGAUGUAUCACAUUUGACUUAGAUAUAUUUCGUAUACUAUCAUCCACGCGAAUUAAAUUACAUAUUUUGAAUUAUUAUAAUAUAUACAAGGUGUAUCGUGUUUAUUCGGACAGCCAUUUUAGGCUGAACUCAUAUAGUGAAACACUGAUUAUAGUAAUAAUACAUAAAGAAAUGUUUAUGCAUAAGCUACAUAAUUUUUGACAGAAAAAUGUGAAUUCGACCAAAAUCGGCUAUUCAUGAUACAUCCUGUAUACAUAUAUUAUACAUCUAUAAUAUAUAUACAUAUAUACAUACCCCCACAUCACAUGUAUAUAAUUGUAUACUCUAUAUACAUACCAUAUGCACGUAUCACGCACUGAUAAUGAUGGAUUUCACGUAUGUGAAAAAGUGAGCGCACAGAAGGUUAGAGAUCAUCCAACACAUUUAUCAAAUUUAAAUUCUUGUCUUGGAAUUGCGUCUAGUGAUCGACCACCUUAAGUGUCGCUCGAUUAUUGCUUUAUGCUAUUCGUAGUACUCGCUUUCUUUAUUGGAAUUUGUAUAAAUUAUAAUUUAUCUGGAUAAAUUUUAUCCUAUCCUUAUCUCAGCAUAGGAUUUAUCGCGCGCGAAUUGCAAUCCCGCUUAUUUAUUAAUAGAUCAUCGGCAAAGUUAUUCACAAUGUAUCAUACGAUUCUUUAGAGCCAUACUUUGGCGGAUUUAUAUGCAGACGACACGGCGAUAUUGAGAAUCGAAGCCUAUUGUGAUACACCUGUUAUAUAUAGAUCUCUUUUUUUUAGUUGUUACAAGAGACACGUCCGAAUAAAAAAGAUUAACGAUGCAUUCAGGUGAUUUGAAGUAGCGAUAAAAGAUACGAGUUAGACGUUAGAUUAACCUGAAGAUUGCUGCUAAGUUCGUGUCAUACGAGUGACGCGUUGGUGUAAUUUAUACGUAUAAUUGAUAAAAGAUCAAUCGAUGUAAAGAAGAAGAAAAGUAAAGAAAUAAAUACAGUCGUCCUUA